CGGAUGGGGCUGGAGCCCCUGCGGCCCCACGGCCCCGUUCCCUGUGGCUCAGAGCGCGGGGUCCCGGGGGAGCGGGACGAGCCGCGGCCGCGCUGGCGUCGGGGCUGCCAUUGGCUCGGGCGGGAGCGCUGACCGCCAGCCGCCUCCAAACUAUUUCCUGUUGCUGCGGCGUUAAUGCUAAACAGACCUUGCUCUCUCUUCCCUCGCUCCAGCCAAAGUGCAGCUCCCGCCGCCGCUCGCCUUCCCGAUGCCGAGCACUCACUGUCCCCGCAGCCGCUGAGUGGGAUGGAGAGCCGCAGGCGGGACAUGGAGCUCCUGAGCAACAGCAUGGCCGCGUACGCGCACAUCCGAGCCAACCCGGAGAGCUUCGGGCUCUACUUCGUGCUGGGCGUCUGCUUCGGGCUGGUGCUGACCCUGUGCCUGCUGGUGCUGCGCCUCUCCUGCCGGCCCCUCGCGCGCCCCCCGAGGGACCUGAGCGAGGACGAAGAGGAUGACGACGAUGAGGACGAGGAAGAGGAGGACACUGUUGACCGCGCAGCAUCUGAGUCGCUGCUGCCGGUGACCGAGAUCCCGCUGGAGCCCCACGUCGCCGGGGACGGAGCGCUGGCCGUCAACGUCUUUGCCUCGGCGGAGGAGCUGGAGCGGGCGCAGCGGCUGGAGGAGCGCGAGCGCAUCAUCCGCGAGAUCUGGCGCAACGGGCAGCCCGACAUCCUGGGCACCGGCACCCUGGGCCGUGUCCACUACUACUGACCCCGGCGCCGUGCCCGGCUCCCCGCGGUAGCUCAGACAGCGCUCUGCCGCCCCAGGACCUGCUUGGGGGGCGCAGAUGGGAGGAUGGGGGUGCUACUCGCUAUCCCGGGACACCCCUGGGGACAGACCGGCCCCCACCGCUGCGGGACAUGAUGCACUUUGAGCCAUCGGUACGAUUGCUGGCACCAGCCGAGCAGCCCUGGACGCUGCAGGGACAAGGCCAAGGCCAGGGCAGAGCUCGCCGGGCUCGGCGCGGGAGGGAGGCCCAUCCCGUGGGGCAGAGCGGCUCUGUACGGCCGUGUAAGCUGUGGGGUUCUGCCCCACAAACAUGGUGCUGUUACACCCA